UAAUGGGCGUAUCACUAAAGAAGAACUGAGAAGUGAUCCUGACUUUUUAAGACAUUUGUCUGUUCUAGAGACAUUAGUCGCGAUAUUAAGUUUUUCUACUCAUUUUUCUGAUUAGUUUCUCUUUCCAUAUCCUUGAUUUUAGAGUCACUUGGUUUUCUAGGUGUUUUUGGACGCCAUAGUUUUGAAGCUUGCAAACAGCCCGCCGUCCUCGGUCUUUUUUUUUUUUUUCCAAGUUAGCAGCAGCCAUGUCGGGUGUUGUGCGAGGCCCCGCUGGGAACAAUGAUUGCCGAAUUUACGUGGGGAAUCUCCCACCGGAUAUUCGCACCAAAGACGUGGAGGACGUGUUCUACAAGUACGGGACGAUCCGAGAUAUCGACCUGAAGAACCGCAGAGGAGGUCCGCCGUUCGCCUUUAUCGAGUUCGAAGACCCGAGGGACGCCGACGAUGCGGUCUACGGACGUGAUGGGUACGACUACGACGGCUACAGACUGCGGGUGGAGUUCCCACGGAGCGGCAGAGGCUCCAGAGGCGGGUAUGGGGGCAUCGGUGGAGCACCGAGGGGGAGAUAUGGACCUCCGUCCAGACGCUCAGAGUACCGGGUCGUUGUGUCAGGUCUUCCUCAGAGCGGCAGCUGGCAGGACCUGAAGGACCACAUGCGCGAGGCGGGUGACGUCUGCUACGCCGACGUUUACAGGGACGGAACCGGAGUUGUAGAGUUUGUGCGCAAAGAGGACAUGACCUAUGCCGUCCGAAAGCUGGACAACACCAAAUUCCGUUCCCACGAGGGAGAGACUGCUUACAUUCGUGUGAAAUUAGACGGUCCCCGCAGCCCGAGUUACGGACGAUCACGCUCCCGCAGCCGUGGCAGCAGAAGCCGGAGCCGCAGUCGCAGCGCCAGCCGCAGCCGCAGCAAUUCCCGAGGCCGUGGCCGAGGAUCUCCCCGCUACUCGCCCCGUCACAGCCGCUCUCGUUCCCGCUCUUAAACCUUUGCCGCCAUCAAUGGUUUAUUUUUUUUGUUUUGUUUUCCUGCCUUCCCUCCUCCACCUUCUGAUGUAUUCCCUCCUGUUUUUUACCUCCAAGUUUCUCCAGAUGUCAGCUAUUGGUUUUUAGUUUUUGCAUUUCUUGUCCUGGUGUCCUUGUGGAUGAUCUUGGUGUGUACGUGUACCCUCCUCUCUCCUCUCUCUGCUUUUUCCCCUUUCGUUUUCUCCUUCUCUCCCCUUCUUUACGUCAUCUCAGAUUUUGAACAUUACAAGUUGUGCUGUGGUGAAACUUCAAAAAUGUUGAGUUGUGAGAGCCGCACUCAAUGUUUUUGGAAGUGUUAAUCUGAAGGAUUUUUUUGUCUUUUAAAAAUUUUAGUAGCUUCUCUUUGGAUAAAUGUGGGGUGGGCUGUAUUUUUUGGGGGGUUUUUUUGGAAGCCCGAUACUUAACUGUAUUUUACCCUUGUGUCUUCCUUUAGACAUCUGAGGAGAAGGAUUAAAGUGAUUUGGAAUAAAACCAUUGUGGAGCACAUUUCAUUUGUAUGGUCAGGAUACAAAUAGGACAUCUAGGAGGAGGAUAGGACAUCUAGGACCAAUCAGGUCGAGGCAAUGGUAUGCUUCAUAUUCCAUAAACUGAACAUUUUGACAGGUUGCCAUGUUAUGCAUGUUAUUUAACAAAGAUAUGUGCUACUGUACUUUGUUAAGACAGUCUGUAACAUGCUACUCUGGUUUCUGACAGAAUAAGCAGUCCUAAAUCAAGUGUUGCGAUGUAAGUGUAAUCCUUGCUGUCAAAUGUAAAGAAAAAGAAACAACUGCUUUGUAUUAAAAGCGUCCCAGUUUUGAGCAUCCUCAUUGGUUAAAAAAAAUGCUUUGAAGUCAGGAAUUUUGAAAGUUUUUUUUUUUUUUCUUUAGUGUCUUUUGAGUGUUCAGUGGAAAAAAAAAAAAAAUAGGCCCAAAACUCUUGACAUUUUAUUCUAACGGUCUGCCUCUGAUUUUCUUCCUGGUAUUUCAAGGUUUUGAUUGGAGGAGUGGCUCAAUGGAUCCCAAUCCUUGGAGCUGGAUGAGUGGAUCGAUUAGGGAAGGGAUAGGCAAGGAUGGAUGCUCGGGAACGGGAGCAGAGUUUCCAGGAUUCAAAUUUAUCAGAACAAAAAUAAUGGGAGUCCCAGAGCACCUUUCUUUUUUUUUUUUUGCCCCUUUUUGGUUUAGGCCCCAAUGGCUUUAUUAUAGAAGAAAACGAAACAGAGGACCAGGAAGUUGGAUCAAAGGAUGGAGUCGUAGAUGUCCGGUAUGAGGGAAUUUAAAAAAGAAAAUAUGGGGAGGUUGGGAGAGGGUUAAAAUCUGGGAAUAGUUUGUAAUUUUUUUGCUUUGCAUAAUCUUUCUUUUAGCAUUUUCAAUAAACACACUUUCAAACAUA